UUCUUUUCCACCACCCUCGCUCUACCACUGACGCGUAGACUCUGGCGCACAAAGGAUUGUUCAUACUUGUUUUGUUGAUACUUCUAAUUCUCGCAGCCGUGUGACGUGUCCAGACAGCAGCCUUGGAGGAGAUCUCGCUUUGGAUCGACUGUGGGUUUACUGCUUUUCGUCAUCACCCCCUUCAGCGCCCUUGCAGAAUCCUUUCGAGCCCCGUCCCCUCCUCAUUCCUUGUGAAUGCACAGACAAUACAAGAGUCUUAAUCUCACCUUCUGAUUCCGUUUUCAAGAAGCGGUCAGCCCUGAUUGCUUGCCUCGGACCUGACAUCUCGGAUUGCCCCUUCGACAACGACUCGAGAUCCAAAACAAACCAGGGCCAUUCAAAGGAAACCACCAGGUCCCAAUCACAUAACCCGGCUGUGGACUAGGACGCCCAUUUGCUCUUGGCAGGGAGAGAGGAGCCGCACCAUGAGCACAACGGCCAACCAGCAAAUAAUGGGGCUUCAAGGAGGUGCGCCGCCGGCGUCAUCGCAGGUCCCGUCUGGUCGAAAAGGCACCAAGAAAGUCCGGACUGGAUGUGUCACCUGCAAAAUUCGAAAGGUCAAGUGUGACGAGACCAAGCCUGCAUGCCUUCGCUGCAACAAGACGGGUCGGAAAUGCGACGGCUACUUGCCUCCCAAGCUGCCGGGGCACAAUCCCGGCGGCGUCAUGCGCUUAAGCCCGCCUGUCUCGCCCUUUGCGGACUGGGCCGGCGGUGCCAAAGAGCAGCGCGCCUUUGAUUUCUAUCGUAACUUCUCCGCCCCAUCCAUCUUCAGCGACGGCGUCAGCUCGAUGUUAUGGAAGAAGCUGGUGCCGCACUUUUGCCAUGCCGAGCCGGCAAUCCGUCACGCCGUCCUCGCCAUCAGCAGUCUUCAUGAGACGCUAGCGUUGCCGCCAGGCUCUAACCCGGCCGUUGAAGAAGAAAACAACCAUGGCGUGCUGACCAACACAUUUGCCGCCGAGCAGUACGGCAAAGCUCUGAAGUGUCUCCAAGAAUGGAAGCCCACCGAGACAUCGCCAGCAACAGUGCCGUUGCUGGCGUGUCUGUUGUUCAUCUGCAUAGAGUUCAUGCUUGGAGACGAGGGCGCGUCGCAAGUUCACAUCAACCAGGGCAGACUAAUCCUCUCGCAGCUCGAGCCUUCGACAGAUGUGGACAUGAUCAAGAAACACUUCGUGCCCGUCUACAGCCGGCUCGCCCUCGCAUCCUUUCUUUUUGGUUGCUUCCCCGCCGCGAUACCGCCAAACAUGAAGGCGAGCUCUGCCACGAAUCUGUUCUUCUCGUCAGUGGACGAGGCCGAGGUUGCGCUCUACGAACUGAUCGAUGACGGGCUACGAUUCACGGCCAAGGCAAAGAGAGCAGUCUAUUCAUAUCCCCCGAGCGAUCCGACAUUACUGGAGCUGGCUCGCGAGCAAGAUGACUUCCUCGCAAAACUAUCGCAAUGGCAUGUGGCCUUUGUCGUCAUCUCGGCCAUUGAUGACGCGUUGAGCAAAGGCAAGCUGUGCAUGGUGUACUACAACGCAGCCAGGAUCGCCAUCAGCACUGCGAUGGACACCUUGGAGACAGCAUUCGACAACCAUAUCGUAACUUUCGCGUCCAUCAUCAGCACCGCAGCCGAGUUUGUGCACGCGUCACGGAGAGUGUCGGGGCGCGACCCUUCCCAUGCCGCCAUGGCGAUGCCCAAAUUCGUCUUUGACACCGAGAUCAUCCCGCCGCUGUACUACGUCAGCAUCAAAUGCCGGCACCCCAUGCUACGGCGUGCGGCCGUGGACUUGCUGAAGCAAGAAACAGUCACGAAGCGAAGGGAGAACCUAUGGGACGCGCAGCUGAUCUCUGAGAUCGGCAAGCGCUGUAUAAAUAUUGAAGAAGAAGCCGCCCGUCGCCGCGACGAAUCCGUCGACUUGACCGCAGGAUGGGACACGGUCUCCUGGGAGGAAUCGGACGGUGUGCCCAUCGGUCUUUUCCCCACGAACAAUGACCGCAGCAUUGACUGCGACUACCCAGUGCCUCGGGUCCAGUAUCCUCAGAUUCCCAAGCUCACCAACACCCAAAUCAACGCGGAAUACGAGCGGACCAUGGACCUUGUAAGCAACCUCGUCCAGAGCAGACACACGACCCCCAGUUCCGUGUCGACCGGGUCAACGUCGUCGUCGUCUGGCGGCAGCAGCGCCUUCUGGGGACCGCAUCAGCUCGAGGCGCCGUUCGGUCUGCCCGAGCAUGCGAGGAUAAAGAACGCACUCAUCGACAAUGAGUCGAAGUGGGGGAGCUGGAUCACUAUCUUUAUGGACCCGAAAGAGGCCGGAGCGGCGCAUUGGAAGGUGACCAGGGAGUUUGUUCGGCGGUCAUCAGCGCGGGUGUAGAGAUGAUUACUGUGACAACUUGGUAUACAACGCACGUACUUCAUUGUGUCGUUCAGAGCGUUUCUGUUCUCAGUGACGAGUUAGUGGAAGUGUGGCGCGUUGAUUUUUUUUGUGCUUUUCCCAGAUUUCACAUACCGGGAGGGGACUUGGGCGACCAAGGAAGACUCUAUAUGACUUCCAGAAGCUGGCAUAUAUAUAUGUUUAAAGAAGAAGAUAACGAACAC